CUGUUCCAUGCUCGUUGUAUUGUACAAGUAGCAGAGUUCGGACGAUAAGGCAUUUCUCUAUUCAUUUUCUUUUCUUGUAAUUCAAUAUCCUGCUCUGCCCCCGACAUACGAAUCAGUGCAGGAGUAUUAUUUAAAUGUACGAACUUAGACGACAGAACCGCACUGCUCCUUAAACGUUCUGAUAACACUAUCUUAUCUCCCCGUCCCUUACAUCUCGAUAGCCGGUAGCCAGUUGCCGGUCUAGAUCCGUCUCCCCGAGCUUUAACUAAAACGAUAGGUAGUUACGUACCUAGGUACCUAGGUAGAAGGUCUAAUUAUCACCCUUUUAAGUUUUGUCGUUUAGCGACGGUUCGCAAAAAAGGAAAAUAUAAAGGAGACCAACCAGAUAUUAUACACGAAAGGUUCCUCGAUUCGCUUAGGAGACAUCUACCUCCUUUUUUCCCUUCCAAGUUUUCACCCCACACACCUUUCCAGAGGAAGACGGAGGAAGGGGACGAGGCGUGCCAGAUCGGAUCGCGUCACGUCGGGAAGCACAAGCACAAGCACAGGCAACUAACCGAUAUAACCGAUAAUUCACACGCCGCCCUCUCCGCCGUUUUGGGGCGAGAGAGUAUAACUCCAGGUAGGACAUGAGCCACGAGACCGUUGGCUCGCUCCUGGCCGUCAUCGCGAACUCGCUUAACGAUGGCCUGCGCAUCAUGAUGUUCGCCGACAAGCGGGCCUGGGGAUCUGACGAGUUCGAGCAGCUACGUCUGCUGGAGGAGACUCUCGACGAGGCUAAGAAGGACUUCCAGGAGCUGCCUGCUCUUGUUAACGGGAGGUACUACUACGAGAACGACCGCAUAGACGAGUCCCUCGAAGACCUCCGCAUCCUAUGCACGCGCUUCGAGCUGCACACGCAGACCUUUAAAGACUGGGUGCGCCACGGCGGCUCCAUAGACCCGUCCUGGGCCCACGAGACAACCACCCUCCGACGCGAAUUGCACCGCGCCCAGUGCCGCGCCGCCCGACGCAUACACAGCGCGCAGCAGAUCGAGACGUCGGCCGAGAGCGUAAGAUGCCUCGGCGCCUUGCAGGUGUACCGCGUGCAAAAGGGGCGCGACGUGCGCGUCGAGGACGAGCGGGCUGCGUGCGCGCAGGCAGGCCGCUUCGAGAGGUACGCGGAGAGAGACGUAGCGUUCGUGUGCGAUUUCUGCGACGGGUUUCUAGUCUGGGAGGACCUGCGCGCGGUCCCGACGACGCGGAUAACUCAGCCUCCCCCGCGCAACGACGAUCUCCCCGCACCCGUUACGAGCAACACGACGAGAGCCAGCGAGACCGGCAGUAGUAAUAAUAGUAAUAGUAAUAAUCCCGGCGCCGGCGGUGAUACCGAGACCAACCCCGCCACCGCGAAUUGGCAAGCCCGGGGCAUCGCCCUCUCCAACGGCGAGCAGAAGACGAUAGUAUUCGCGCCGAUAGCCGUGGCAAACCACGUGCCUCCGGAGAUAGGCGAGUGGCGCUCGCGGAUCCUAUGCCCGCACUGCGACGAGUACUACUACGAGGAACAGGGCGACGGCGACAUGGAGCGCGUGCGGUAUACGCAAGGCCGGGGGUUCGAAAGCGUUGCAGCUUUCCAAGAGCAUCUGGAGUGGACCCAUGCGUCCAUGGUGCCGAGCGCUUCGAACUGCCGAGUUAUGUAAAGAGGGAACAGGGGACCAAGUAAGGGAGGCUAUUUGAAUUCCCACGUUGGGAGCUUAAUUUGAUUAAUUACGUUACGGCGUUCGGAGCCUGUGCAUUGAAUCAAUUGGGUCCUGUUUACAUAUGUACCUACCUACUCUAUCGCAGGUCUAAAAGAGCAAAGGCGAAACGAGGCGAGGCGAGGCGUUCAGGCGUCCAUCAAAAAGGAAGAAGGGAUCUUAUCUGAUUACGGCCCUACUUGUAGAUAUCUAGCAUCGAGGCCUAUAGAGGGGAGGAGAGGGGGGGAUGCAGGCUGAGCAUUCAACAAGCCGAGUAAAGGAAAGGAAAGGAACUCAAUAAAGUGGUCUGAUUAAUUUGGAUAUUAGGACUAUGUGCUCAUGGGGAGCUAUUCUCAAGACUCUCCCGAUGCUAUAGUAACUAACCUACUAUACUACAUACCCGAGUUCGAGUUCAAAUUAUACACUUGAAAUUUGAAUUCGUGCGUACCCGUCCGUACUUGUCUUCUCCUUCGUGCUGCUCGUUGGUGAUACAUGUCUGCAUAUGUAUGAUAUACAUCAGCCCUGAAUGGACUUUGCAUAGUUCCCCUCUCCCCAUUCCUGUCCC